GGUGAGAGUCGGAGUCGGGUGCUAGCUAGGAGGCGGUGAUGCUGCUACUUUAGCCUCCAUGCGGCUGUCACUAAGCGGCUGUCUCCUCCACACUUAGUCCGCAGGAAGCUGCUACUAUCUCACUCCGCUUCUCCUCCACACUUAGUCCGGAAACGCGCCAUGCAGUCAGGUGGCACCGACAGCGGCCGAGUCCACACUCCGGAAGCGGAACUUUCCCCCGACGUCCUUCCGACCAGCGCCGACGUUGAGCGGCUGCCGACGGGCUACGAGUUGCGCCUUCUCGUCCACGAAAGGACGUCGCGAACCCCGAGUCCUUUGUUAGGGUCCAACUGUGAUGACGACUCGGAGGCAGAGUCCUUCAAGGGCGGGAGGACCGAGGAGGUGGACCGGGAGACCAAGGAGAGGGCGUUCGCCUGGUGUCGGGACUUCCUGUCCGGAACGUGGAAGACCAUCCAGCUGGUGGACUUUCAAAUAAGCAUCGUCAGCGGUGGGCUCAGUAAUCUGCUGUACCUCUGCGGCUUGCCUGAAAAUGUAAAAACUGUAGGAGGGGAGCCUCGCCAGGUGCUCCUCAGAAUCUACGGCGCCAUCCUUCAGGGGGUGGACUCUUUGGUGUUGGAGAGCGUCAUGUUCGCCAUACUGGCAGAACGUACUCUCGGGCCCAAACUGUACGGCAUCUUCCCAGAAGGCCGCUUGGAGCAGUACAUUCCUAACACCCGCAUGUGCACCAGUCAACUGUCAGAACCCAACAUCUCCGCUGAGAUUGCCACCAAGAUGGCGCGGUUCCACAAAAUGGUUAUGCCUUUUAACAAAGAGCCCACGUGGCUCUUCAGCACCAUUAAUAGGUACAUGGACCAGGUGAUGGCCUUGACCUUUACACGUGACGCCCAUGUGAAGAAGUACAAGAAGCUCAUGAAGCUCAACCUGCCGACUGAGCUCAAGAACCUCCGUGCAUUGCUGGCAGCGACUCCAUCCCCCGUGGUCUUCUGCCACAACGAUGUUCAAGAAGGUAAUAUUCUGAUCCUGCACCGAGGGGAGCGAAGUUCAACAGAUAGACUGAUGCUGAUUGACUUUGAGUACAGCAGCUACAACUACAGGGGCUUUGAUUUCGGAAACCAUUUCUGCGAGUGGAUGUAUGACUACACCUACAACAAGUGGCCCUUCUACAAAGCCACACCAGAUGAUUACCCCAGCAGAGAGCAACAGCUGAUAUUCAUCAGAAGUUACUUGGGGGAGCUGAGAAGAGUAGGAGGAAGUGGUGACGACAGUGUGGACCAGAGGCAGAUAGAGGACAUGAUCAUUGAAGCAAACAGGUAUGCUCUGGCAUCACACUUCCUGUGGGGCCUGUGGUCCAUCAUCCAAGCAAAGCUCUCCAAGAUUGAGUUUGGCUACAUGGACUACGCCCAGGUCCGCUUUGAUGCCUACUUCAAGCAGAAGAAGCUCUUCUCCUAAACAUCUCAUUGCACUCCCUUUUUUCAUCCUAGUCCUUCAUCAAACUUUCCCAUAUUUCAAUAUUAAUGACAACAAUGUUGGCGUCCAGGUGAAGCAGGGCUGAAAAGGAAAAAGGUACCUCCGAUGUUUCUGUGUUUUAACUUAUGUGGACCACUUUCUGUCAUGAGCUUUUUUGGGGAGUUUCACACACUAACUCACUUCUUUUCACGGUUAUUCCGUCCAAAAUGUGAGGGCAGCUGCACCUUCCAGGAUGAAGAUAAGAACUGGAAUUGCACUCAAAUCGAAAGCCUUCCACUAUUUAGUGGCUAGGCUGUUUUGUAUGAAGGACUUUUAGGGCCACACUGGGUAAUAUUUCAUAAACUGCAGGAAUAACAAUUAAAUUUUUAUGAGAAUUAAAUAGUAUUUCCAAAAAUGUGUAACUUUAAAUUACAUAACUAUUCAAUAAUAUAUUUGGAAUUGUACAUAAAAAAAAAUUGUCAUAACAGUUCCUAAUUUUAUGAGUUAAUUAAUAAAAAAAAAAAAGUAUUUCUGUAAUUUAAUGAUCAUAAUCAUACAGCUAUGUUAAAUGUGAUCUUGUUACCUAAAUUCAUAUAGGAAGUGCUUUUUUUUUUUUAAUGGACUGUUUACGUUGAAAUAAUGACUUUUUAUUAUACAAUUUUGACAAUUUUUUUUUAUUUCAAUAUAUAAAUUAUUCAAGGUAGUUUGUUUGGAAGGUUUUGAUUGGAAACAUGCAUCUGCCAGAAGGUGAUAUUAAAAAUAAUAAUAUAUUUCCCAGCAAUGAUUUAAAUUUGAACAAAAACUUGAAGUCAAAAUUUGCUUGGUAUGAAUAUUUUCAUGCUUGACCGUACACAAAUAUAUAUAUAUAUAUAUAUAUA